AUGAUAAUAACAGGAAACAAUGAAGAUAAAGUUGCUAGGCUUCAAGAUGAGCUUUCCAUAAUAUUUGACAUCAAAAAGUUGGGAGAGCUACAUUAUUUUCUUGGCUUAGAGAUGACAAACAUGAACAAAGGGAUCUUUGUCACUCAAGAAGGAUAUGCCAAAAAACUUGUUGACAGGCCAAGCAUUGCCUUCUCGGUGGGAUAUGUCAGCAAAUUUAUGCAAAGGCCAAGAAAGCCUCACUUAGAAGCUGCAAAUAGGAUUCUAAAAUAUAUCAACUCAACAUCAGAUAUGAGCUUGUUCUUCCAGAAGAAGAAUGAUUUGGUGUUAGCUGAUUAUACAGAUGCUGAUUUUGGUGGUGAUUCGGAUGAUCGAAGAUCUACAUCGGGCUAUAUUUUUCUCUGUGGUGGAACAAGUGUUUCUUGGUGUAGCCAGAAGCAAGACUCAGUUUCCUUUUCAACCACGGAUGUAGAGUAUAAAGCAGCCGCUCUUACUGCUCAAGAAUGUAGAUACAACUUCAAGUCUGUCCAAGUGAAUUUUCUGGAUAAAGUCUGUGUAAAUGGAGAAAUUUUGCCUCCUAAUCUUGCAGUUCGUGAACCAGUCCGCCGAUAUAUCAGGAGUCUGUAA